UGCCAGCCUUGCUCCUCGCUUUCUUUUUCCUGUGUAUACGUUUACAAAUAAAUCAUAAUAAUAAUAAACGUGAGACGGACGGUCGAAGGUACCUUGAUGAGCUGCUUUCUUCAUAUAUAUAUGGCGCGUGCCCUCUACGGGCGAUUGGCCAAGAAGCCGGAGCUUAAGAAAGGGGGGGGGGGGGGGGAGGCGAGGGAGAAAACUUGAGGUAAAUAGUGUCCAUGUGAGGGAGCAGUUGCAAAUGUACAAGAGUGAAGGUACCUGUUUCCUCCUUUCCGAUAGACCUGCACCUUGUUGUCUUCUUCCACCAGCACACAGCGAAAUCAUCACUUGGCCUGUGCGGUUGUUUUGGGUUACAUGCAUGCAUUAACGUGGGGCGCACGUUAAAGAACCCCAAGUGGUCAAAAUAUAUCCGGAGCCCCCACCCCUCCCCACUACGGUGCACUUCAUAAUCAGACGUUGGUAUUGGCGUCUAAGACCCCAGAAUUAUUUUUCUUUUUUUUUUUGCGUGUCCUAGGUGUCGGUAUUCUCAUCAUUUAUCAGUGGGCUCGCGCCACGCAUUCUCGUGCCAGCGCAAGCCAGCAGCACGCGCUAUAGGAGAACGAAGAUGGAACGCGCUACGCCGGCGCUUGUCUGGCUCUGGUUCUCGCUGCUCGCCGUCGUCCUGGGUACGAAGAACUGCACGCCUCCGUACAACGCCACGCACACCAUGUGCAUGGAGCCGUACCAGAACUGCACCACGUACUACAGCGAGACGGCGCUUUCGAACGUGACCAUCCUGUGGGUGCACAACCACUACCGCAGCCAUAUCGCGCUGGGACAGCUGGCCAACUUCCCGCCGGCCGCCAACAUGCUCCAGCUGCGCUGGGACGACACCCUGGCCGAAGUGGCCGAGGCGCGUGGACGCCGCUGCGUCGGCAGCGCAGGGGUGAUGUUCACCGACUACUACGAGCAGCGGUGGACGGCCGACUUCCCCCUGGUGGGCCAGAACGUGCUGACCCAGCGCAGUAACCAGGCGACACCGGCCGUUACGUGGGAACACGUGGUGCGGGACUGGUUCGACCAGAACACCAACUACCCGGUAAACCAAGUUGGUAGUCACGACUGGGCGCGAGGCACCGAUGCCUUCACCCAGAUAGCCUGGGCGCGCACCUACGCCAUCGGGUGCAGCUACACGCGCAACGAGGUCCCGGCUCUGGCGCCCGAGAGCAAGGUGUUCCUCUACGUCUGCAACUACGGACCCCAGGGUGGCGAGGUCGGCGAGCCGCUCUACCAGGCCGGCCCACCCUGCUCGCUCUGUCCGGAGGACACGGCGUGCGACUCGUCCGCGGGGCUCUGCGUGCUGCAGGGGGACAAGCCGGGCGCGGACAGGCCGCCGAUCACGACGUCCGCGCCACCGGUCUUACGGCAUCCUCCUGAAGCGCUCGACUCGGCUCCCGCUGCGGUCGCCGUAGCGGUCGCUCCUGCGCUCGCCGCAGCCUUGGUGGCCGUCCACAGGUGGUGGUACGGGGUCGCCUGACGACUGACCACCCAACGCGAUGGCCCGCGGCGGCGAACCUUGUACUUUGUUUUAUCAUUUCUUCCAAACUGUGGCGCUGUUCUCGCAGUGUGUGUGCGCAGGUGCGCCUGGAGGAAAGAGCGCCGUUUCGAGUAGCUGGCGCUACGCGGCAUACAUGCGCGUGCGCUUGCUGUAUAGAAAACCGCACACGGAUGCCGCCGAUAGUUCCGGCCGAGCCUUGGCACAUUUUUUUCUUUGUAUUAUUUUGUAUUGUACGCACGUUGCAUUCGCUUCGCCAUACUCGAAGUAUCUUUCUUCAUUCUGCUGCGAUCAUUCCCGUUAAUAACCUUUUAUUUGCAAAUACAUCAUAUCGGGGAAAAAUGUCUGCGUGCUUUUGUUACAACGUUUUGCCAAC